AUGGAAACAACUUUCCCGGCUCCUCUCCCAGCCGCUCUCCCCUCAUUCACCACCCCCGAGGCUAUCACUGACACCCUCCACCGUGCCGUCCUCGCAUUUGACACAGCGGACAGAAGUCUCCUCGAAUCCUCUUUCUUAUCUGAUGCAGUCUUUGAUCUUGAUGGCCGUGUCAUGAACGGUAUGGACGAGGCCCGCACCCAGUGCUUUGACAUUGUCUCAAAGCUGGACACCACCCACUUUGUCAGCAAUGUCCGUAUCGACUACGUCGAGGGAGCAUCUACCGCAUCAAUGACUGCUUCUGCACUCUCCCAGCACUAUCGACCGAAUACCGGGAAAACACCUGGUGCGACGAACUUUAUGGGUGGCUCUCUGUAUUACCUCGACGUUGUUCGAGAUACAGACGGAUUAUGGAAGAUCAAGACUUGGAGAAUGAAGCUUAUAUGGACUACUGGAGAUGUAGGAGUUAUGACUGGAGAUUAA